AUAAAUAUGAAAUUCUGUACAUCAUUUCCUGUGUAGUUUAAUGGCGACUCUAUUUUAGCACUAGUGUGAGAACAUAACGUAAGGAGAUGAACACAUACACAAUACUGAGUCUUUUCAUCGCUGUGAUUUCACUAGCUUUUGUUCAAGGACAGCACUUCAAGCGGUUCUGUGUCUACAAUGGUUUUGCGAUAGCACGUGAUGGAGCUCAUGGAUUACAACCGGAAGACAUCGACCCCUUUAUGUGUACCCAUAUCGUCUUCUCCUUCGCUGAAAUCGACGAGACGGGAAUCCGGCUAAAAGACCCUGAUCACUUUGAAGAAAAUUAUUUAUACCAAAGAAUAAUUCGUCUGAGAAAGUUGAAUCAUCGUCUCAACAUGAUUUUGUCUGUUGGGGGUUGGGACAAAGGGGGAGAAGGAUUUUCGAGACUCGUUUCUUCUCGAGAAAACAUGCUAAAGUUUACCAAGUGGGUUAUUAUAUAUCUAAGACGCUUUGACUUUGAUGGUCUCGAUUUCGAUUGGCAGUUCCCAGCACUGAGAGAAAGUAAUCUGCAGGACAAGAAAAGAUUCGCUGAUCUCUGUGAUGUGAUUGCCCUUGAAUUUGAUAUCGAGGAAAUCCCAGACAUUAAGUGGAAACUGACAUUUACCCUGACAUUUCAUCCUCUGUUACCAGUGAUGCAUUUCGGUUAUGAUAUACCCCGUUUGUCAAGUAAGGCCCACUACAUCAAUUUAAAAAUGUAUGAUCUCUACGGUCACUGGGAUGACCCAAUGUUGGCAAGACAUCACAGCGCACUGGUAGGACCUAAAGGUUUCAAUAAUGUUGAAGAUUUGGUGGCUUUGUGGGAGCAAAAAGGGGUUCCAGCCCACAAGAUGAUUGUGGGGAUUCCAUUCUUUGGUCGAUCAUAUCGCUUGGAAAACACCGCUAUGUCGAUGCCUGGAGCUCCUGUCAUUGGGCCUGGAUCCGACAAUGGAGACGGAAUACCAAUCAAACAUCUCUGCCAUCUUAUAAGGAGUGGAUUGAAUGAAAGUUUCAUUCCUUCUCAACAAGUGCCUUACCUUGUUCAAGGCGAUGAAUGGAUAGGCUACGAUAAUCAAAGAAGCGUUAUGAAUAAGGCAGCCUUUGUCUUCGACAAAGCUUUGGCUGGCGUUUUGCUCUACUCUCUGGAUAUGGAUGAUCAUUCAGGGGCUUGUGGUGCAGGGAAGUUUCCACUGACAAUGUCUGUCAUCAACGGACUACAGGCAUACAUGUUGUAUGUGCAGCGUAAAAACAUGGCCAUUGGAGAGAUCUACCGAACCAAAAUCAAUAGCGCUCGUGUGUCUAGGCGAGCAUACUUAAUGGCGGGAAAAAAGCACAUGGUGGAGAAAAUGGAUGCCAAAAUUAUCAGUCUCCAAAAAGAGCAAGAAGUCGCUAUGGGCAAGAUGACGGCUCAAGUGGCUAGUGUUCAGGCCAUGAUGAAUAAACCAUUUGAACUUCCUCCUGUCAAUAAGAGAUCAUUUACAUGGUAGAUGACAGAUAUUUUCAAAUAAUUUAUUCUCCAUGUAAUAUAAAAUGUUUUUUAUUGUGAAUUCUUAUCACAAUUUGUUUUGGUCGAUAGAGUAUUGUAAUAUUUCUCUGAUGACGGUACCUGUUGUACGACAGGUCAAAUUGCUGACAAUCAGCUGUCUCUCUCAAACAUCUAAUUUCAAUAAUAUUCGGCAUAAAUGAGCAAUACUUGGGAUUAGAAAAACUAUAAACAGUUCUGUCAUUUGAUGUUGUCAAUACUUAUAUGUGUAUUUUUCAUUGGUGUUACUUUUUUCGAGGAUAAGGAUACAAUUUGAAGAUUAAAGAAUGUCUACAAAAUUAUUAAA